AUGGACUCUGCAGAGUUCUCUCCUUUUGAGAAAAAAUUGACGUCCGCUCUUGUCCAGGUCACCCGGACCGUCACACAGCUCUCGUCAGAAGACCUCAACUUCCAUCGCACCUCCAGCGCGGAGUUUUCCGAGUCGCUUGACGAACAGAGUGAGCGCAUCAUUGCGCUGACAUCUGCAGUGAUCAAAGCUGCCACCACUGGCUCAGAUUUGACCCCUCCUACCCUUCGAGAUGAGGAUUCUAUCGAUGACAACUGGCGCAGCGUGGUAGAUGUGAUCGAUUCGCUAUUGGAGAAGGCAGAUGCUUGUUUGGAUGAGUUUACUGGUGUGAUCAAGAAACUUAGCCCAUCGCAAGAGGAAAAUGCGCCGCCAGCCCCCGCACCCCGGAAGAAUAUUGCUUUCCCAAACAUCUACGACUAUGGCUCAUCCAAAAUCCCCAAACCCCAAUUGGAGUUCGAGCGCAAACCAGACAGCACCGAUAUGAGCCCAUUCAAGCCUCUCCUCAAGUCCAAGCCCCACGCCAUUGUACCACUGGAGAAGUCUUUGAAAAUGAAGAAGAUCGAUGGUGCAUUAGGUUACCCUCACCCAUACGAGACGGAGAUUCGCGAGUCCCAGUACCCGGAAGAAGUCUAUCAGGUCUCCCCACCCAUAGACUACCUGCCUUUCGACAGCACCACUGCUACCUUUGUUGAUACUUUGGACGGAGUCAAGGAGAUGUUGGAAGAGCUCAAGAAGGCAAAGGAGAUUGCCAUCGAUUUGGAGCACCACGACGUUCACUCAUAUCACGGUCUUGUCUCCCUGAUGCAAAUCAGCACCCGGGACAAGGACUGGGUCGUUGACACUCUGAAGCCUUGGAGGGAAGAGCUACAAAUGUUGAAUGAAGUUUUUGCAGACCCAAAUAUCUUGAAGGUCCUGCACGGUGCUACUAUGGAUAUAAUUUGGUUGCAACGCGACUUAGGUCUCUACAUGGUUGGCAUGUUUGAUACCUUCCAUGCUGCCUCUGCACUGGGAUUCCCCAAGCGGAGCUUGAAAUUCCUGCUCAGCAAGUUCGUCAACUUCGAAGCCGAUAAGCGCUAUCAGACUGCCGAUUGGCGCGCUCGCCCACUUCCGGAUGAAAUGUUCGACUAUGCCCGGUCGGACACCCAUUACUUGCUUUACAUUUACGACCGUCUGCGAAACGACCUCGUUGAAGAGUCAACCGAAGAGGCCAGCAAAAUUGAUUACGUCAACGAAGGGUCCAAGAAGGAAGCCUUACAGCGCUACGAGCGUCCUGUAUAUGAUGCCGUGAACGGUCACGGCCCAGGAGGCUGGUACGAUCUGCUUUGGCGUAAUUCGGGCAAUCUUCCCAAGGAGCAAUUCGCUGUCUUCAAGGCCGUUCAUCAGUUCCGCGACCAAGUGGCGCGGGCUGAAGAUGAGGGUUGGCAGUGUGUCUUCCCCAAGCACAUUCUGUUCAAGCUUGCCCAGGCUAUGCCGCUUGACCUAGGUUCCCUGUACCGCACUCUAUCGCCAGUGACCAAUAUCACCAAGUCGCGUGUCUCGGACCUUUUGGAAGUUAUCAAGCAAGCCAAGGUUGACAGCAUUAAUGGCCCUGACUGGCUCGAUAUCGCACCACCACCAUCAAAACAAGCCGCUAAGGUCGCCGAAGAAACCACUCCCCAGGUGAAUCUCAAUGCCCCCGUCGCUGGGCGGUACGAGACUUCUCAGUUCUGGGGCAACGUCCUGGAAGCCAAGGAGCCAUCCGUUCCAGUCGCAUUCUCACUCUCUGCUGGCGCCGAAGCCCUGCGUCUUUCCCUCCCCUUGCCCCCCAUGACAACAAACGUCACCGAAAUCCGGGGAGAACCCGACACAGCCCCUCAACCCGCCGUCAGUCAGCCUACGCCUGCCCCCGCUCCCUCCCAACCAGAGGAGAAGAAGUACUUCACCGUCAAGGACCUCGGCGGUCCCCGCAAACGCAAGGUGACCCCCAUCGACAACCCCGAGCAAGCCCUGUCCACCACCGCCGACCUCGACGGCUCAGGCAACGAUUCCGACUUCGUCUCCAUGGAGGCAACCCAGCAGUCACGCAAGGAGAGGAAGAAGGAGAAGAAGGCAAAGAAAUCCCAGGCCAAGGCCGAGGCCCAAGAAGCACCCUUCGAUUACAAUGCCGCCAGUGCCGUUCUCAACGCGCCUUCCGCUGCCACAGCCUCCCAACCCCGCCGCAAGGCAUUCAACCCGUAUGCCAAGGCGAUGGAAGCUCCCUCUGGAGCGCGCAAAAUCAAACGGGACGAGACUGGCAAGUCUCUCACGUUCCGUCAAUAG